GGCCGAGUGCCGCUGCCGCUGCCGCCCCGCGCCACGCCUGCUCCCGUCACUCCGUCCCCGGUAGCUGAGCCACCACCUCUGCGUCCGCUGGCACCUGGCUACUGCCGCCGCCACCGCUGACGCUGCACGUGAGGCCAUCACGUUUCGUUCACGGGAAACCCAAGGAUUCCUCUCUCGGUCGGAAUUCGAGUAAGGUCCAAGCACGUUCGUCGGUGCAAGAAGACGGCGUGAUCUCCACCAGCGCGCAUCCAGUUGGGGAGAGCGGGCAGCUCGCGUUCCCGUGCCUUGCGGCGUCGCCCGUGCUGGUAGGUGGAGCAGCAUGAGGAGCAGCCUGCCGGCGCCGCUGCUGCUGCUGCUGGCCCUCUGCCUGUCGGCGGCCGCUCCAGGCGCCUGGCUGCUGGCCAGCCCCGAGCCGGCCUCCGUGUGGAUGCGAGAGCUCGUCUCCCCUGCCACAGACCUCAACCUCGAAAAGCUCAUCGGCCGAUGGUACCUGGUGGAGGAAGUGGCGCCAGUCCGGCUGUCGUCGGACACGACGUGCGACUGGUACGACUUCUGGCGCGACGAGAACGGCACGCUGACGGUGCAGUGGUUCGUGCGCUCCGAGGACCGCACGGAGGCCGUGGUGCCCGCCAUCCCCGUGACGGACGGCGGCGUCUGGCACCUGCCCGCGGUGUACCUGGGCUACGCGGUGGUGGACCUGUCGCCGGACGGGCGCUUCCUGUCGCUGGCGACGUGCGUGCGGUACGCUAUGUCGUGCUCGGCGGCCGUGCUGGCGCGCGACGUGGCCGACGCGGCGCGGCGCGCCGACAUGACGGACGUGCACCGGCGGCUGACGCGCGCGCGCCUCAACCACACCGAGGCCGGCUACCCCAAGGACCCGCAGGCGUGCAGCGCCGGCGCGCAGCUGCCGCGCCACCGCGACGCGCAGCUGCAGGCCGUGCAGUACCGCCUCUGAGGGCCGCCUCCUGCCACACACCUGGCGACGGCAGGCACGCUGUAAAAGCGACGCAUCCGUGCUGUGGGGCACGCGCUCACAGCUGACAACUGUACUGACGAGCAGGACAAUCGGACAGUCACAGAAACUGGUAGUGGGAAUAAUUGAUAGAUUUCCUACUUGUCAGAAGCUACUGCUAUCGGGGGACUCGACUGGAAAGGGUCUAACGCCACUCAGUUAGAACUUCUCGAUUA